AUGGCCCAUCCCAGCGUCUUCCUCUGGGCUCUCGACACGCGCAGUCUCUGGCCCGAAGCCGGCAACACCAAGGACCUGCCCAAAUACGCCCAGCGCGCCCUCGCCCUGCUCUCCCCAGAGGAACAAGCCGCCGUCCUCAAAUACUACUUCGUCAAGGACGCAAAGCUCUCCCUCGCAUCCUCCCUGCUCAAGCGCCUCGCCAUCGCCCGCUACUGCCGCGUCCCCUGGCGCUCCGCCACCGCCGUGCGCGACGCCCGCACAAAGCCCGUCUUCCUGCUGCCCUCGGGCGCCGAGCCGCUGCUCUUCAACGUCACCCACCAGCACGGCGUCGUGGUUCUCUUGGGCGCCUACGAGCCUCCCGCGGGCGUCGCCAUCGGCACCGACAUUGUCUGCCCCGGCGAGCGCCGCGACCGCGACGUCAAGCACGUCCGGACCCAGGGCUGGGCCUCCUUCAUCGCCAUGCACUCCGAGGUCCUGAGCCCGCUCGAGGUCAGCCGCAUGCGAGGCCUCCCCUUUCCUGUCCAGCAGCCGCAGAAACUGCUCGACUACUUUUACGCAAACUGGUGCCUGCGCGAGGCCUACGUCAAGAUGACGGGCGAGGCCCUCCUCGCUCCCUGGCUGCACGACCUGGAGAUGCGCUACUUUGCGCCGCCGGGAGACUCGCCGCCUGAGGGAGCGGACAAGGCGCUCGAGGUGUGGUUCAAGGGCGGAAAGCUGACGGAUGUCGACGUCAAGCUGGACUGGGCGCUGGGCAACGAGUACAUGAUUAGCACGGUGGUGAGGAGGGGAGAGAAGGGAGAGGGGCUGGAUGUUCCGGAGCCGCAGAGUUUGGAUUUGGAGGAGACGCUGGCGAGUGCGGAGGGAUUGUUGGAGGAGCUGGGCGAGUGA